CGCAGGGGGUCAAGGAUCCGCACAGAUUCUCUAAAUGGAAAUCGGAUCUGCCUCUCGGGUUCAUUUGGGCAACGAAGACCGAAAGUAAAGCGACAUCAGGACGCGGAACCUCGGAGGAUCAGCAGGAGCAGAAUGACAGAGAUGGAUGGACCCACUGUGACAGGUGUGAGUGUUUUAGAAUCAGAUAAUUCGCUACAUCAGAAGGAUAAAGGGCCUGUGAUUGGUGGUUUACGUCUUCGAUCUGCUCCUGGAGCUUGUGUGCUCUUCGCUGGCGUGUUGCUGCUUGUAGGCAUUGGAGUGGCCAUCGGUGGAUACUGGCCCCAUCGCAAUCGGAGACCAGUGCCACAUCAUGCAACAUCUGGCCGCACACCCUCAGAAAAACUUAAAUUGGUCGGUCCUAUAAUUAUGGGAGUGGGGCUUUUCAUCUUCAUUUGUGCAAACACACUUCUCUAUGAGAACCGGGACCAUAGGCUGAAGCAAGCCAGCCAAAAAAAUGAUACACUAGAGGGACGACGAAACUCAAAAAGCUGCUCACAACCUGAAACAAACACCAACACAUACACUCUGGCCUUGUCUGAACUCAACAGUCACUGCCUGCCAGGAGGGAUUUCUGAUCCAGCCCUUAAGUGCUCUUCCCCUUCCUCUGCCUCUUUAAACUCAAAUCAGAUGAACUUUGACCUUGUAGAUAGCAGGGAUGCUGUUAUGUUGAUUUCUCCAGUCAUCAAGCUGAACAACUGCCUUAUAAGGGGUCAAGAUGCUCCACCCCUUCUACAGCACUUACCAGCCCAUGAUGAGAGGGGCCAGUGUAAAAGGGCGGGGCCAAUAAUAACAGAGCAUUCAAGUGUAUUUCUAACGAGAGAGAGCUGGGCAGAAAUUAAUACAGGACAGUGUGGACCAUUAAAGUAUACACAGACUGUGGAUAAGUAGCUACAAUAUCACCCUACAAUUCCUCUUGCAAUCAUAUUUAAACUAGAAAAAUGAUAACUAAAGUAGCCUGGGCUUCUUUGGUUUGUGCCUCUGGGGAAACCCUUAAAGAGAACCAUAAUAUCUUAAAUAUUCAAAGACCCCCUGAAGACCCCUUUUUAAAUAAGUGCAAUGUAGAAUCUUAGAACUGUGGGUCUAUCAGAAAGGAUUCAAAGUAGAAUCUAUUUAGGAGCUAAGAACCGUUAACUAUCCAAAUAAUCCUUUAAAACAAUUAAAUAGCUCUUUUAUCUGUGUGUACAUUGCUUAAAAUUUUUUAUCUAGUACCUUAAGUGGUUCUUUGUUUGUCCCUCUGGGAGAACUCUUAAAGAGUCUGUGUAGAAGCGUAGAGCAAAAAUGCGUCCUCAAACCCUGAACUAUCCAAAGAACACUUGAGGAACUGUAUUUUUCUAAGAUUGUAUAACACAUAAAUAUAUUACUCUUAGAAAAAUAGGUUAAAUCUAGAACUCUUAAGGGUUCUCUGGUUGUGUGGGGGAACUUUUAAAAGUUCUAUGUAACCCUACAAAUGAAGUAGAACUCCUUUAGGAAGGAAACAUUAAAUAAGCCAUUUUUAACCAUUUUUACCAAGAGCUUAUGGUUUAACAUUAUGCACAUUAAUGUAAAUGGUAAAUGUAAUGUUCAUGUUUGUUAAUGUUAAUGCCACAUUAAUGUUUAUUCCAUAUUUAUUUUUGUGCUAUCAAAGCACCAGGCAACAUUAAGGCUGACAUUUUUCCAGACUAUUUGUAGAAUUUGACCCUUGGAGCUAAAGAGAUAUAAAUAAAAACCUGU